CAACGAUGAACCCUAACUAACAAACAAUUCAAACAAAACUUGAAACUCCUUCACAAUCCACAAUUUCAACUCUCUCUCCGAUUUUCUUCAAAUUCACAAUCUCAGUCACUCUCUAGAUUCGUUUUCUUCAACUCAUAGCACAAUGGUUUACUGCGAUCAUUGCGUCAAAAACGUUCGCGCUGAGCUACACGAAGAAUGUUACUUGGUUUGUACUUCUUGUGGGAAAGUGUUGGAAGAUCAGAUUUUAACUGAGGAGCCCACUUUUACUAAAAACUCCGCCGGACAGAGCAAAAUAUCGGGAAAUUUGGUAAAAGCAGUUGAGGAGUUAGAUGCUUCACGUAAAAGGACUUUAUAUAGAGCUUCUAAGGAAAUGGAAUAUUUAAGUCUCAGCCUUGGAGUAAGUGAGGGAGAUGUGGUCCGCCAAGCUAGGGCCUUCUAUGAAAUAGCACUUGCAAAAAAUUUCACCCGAGGACGUAAAUCAGAGCAAGUACGGGCUGCGUGUCUUUAUCUUGCAUUCCGGCAAAAUAAAAAGCCAUACUUUCUUAUUGAGUUUUCAAACAAUUUAAGGAUAAAUGUUUAUGAGCUUGGAGGAGUUUAUUUGCAGCUUUGUGAAGUGUUAAGGCUUGACAAUCAUCCAAUUGUUAAAAAGCCUAUCGAUCCUUCUCUUUAUCUUCAUAAAUAUACUAGUAAUUUGCUUGGCCAUAGAAAUGGGGUUGUCUCUGCAACUGCACUGAACAUUAUUGCGCAAAUGAACCGUGACUGGUUGCAGACAGGGAGGAAACCUGGUGGAUUAUUUGCUGCUGCAUUAUACACCUCUGCUAAUGCACAUGGUCAUAAAGUCUCCAAGCGAGAUAUUCUAAGACUCUUCCAUAUAUGCGAGCAAACGAUGAAUAAGCGAUUGAUAGAAUAUGAGAUGACAGACUCUUCUAACUUGACAGUUGAGGAGUUGAAUGCAAUGGCAAAAGAGAAUGAAAAAAAUCCGGUUGUAAUGCCAAACAGUAAAUUCAAUGGAUCUACUUCAACCCCUCUAGUGUGUGAGCACAAAGAAAUGGAAGUGCCCCAUUUUGCACUUGGACUAUGUGAAACUUGUUACAAGGAUUUUGAUAAGGUCUCGGGAGGAUUUGGUGGUGGUUUGGACCCUCCUGCAUUCCAGCGAGCUGAACAAGAGAGAGUCAAGAAAACAAAUUCUAAGGAAAAUGCAGAUGUGGUGAAGGCAUCAAAUAGCGCAUGCAAGGGACAGAAAGAAGAUUUUCCUGCCUCUGUUCUAGAAAGGGAUGACACUAGUACGGAAGCUCAAGAUGAAUCAGGAAAUUUCUCUGAUAUUGAUGACCAAGAGGUUGAUGCGUUCCUUUUCAAUGAGGAAGAGAAGUCGUACAGGAAGAUAAUAUGGGAAAAUCAGAACCGCGAGUAUCUUGAGGAGCAAGCAGCCAAGGAAGCAGCUGCAGCAGCUCAAAAGAAAAUUUAUGAAGCAAAUUUGGAAAAUUGUCCUGUAGAAUCAAGAGAGCUUUAUGAAUCCACCACAGCUUCUGUGGCAAAAACAAGAAAGGAAAAGCAGAGACGAGCUCAACAAGCAAAAAAAUCAGGGCCUGCUCAAUCUGCUGUAGAGGCUGCUUGCCAAAUGGUGAAAAGAAAGGGGCUCAGUAACAAAGUCAAUAUGGAUAACUUUGCAAAAUUAUUUGAAGACAAACCAGCAGAUGAACGUAAUCCCAAGAAAGUAAGAUUUGAUCUAGCCUCUGAUAAUCACGAUGAUGAGCUGGGAUCAGCGGAUUAUUUCGAGGAUGGUGACAAUGAUUGGUAUAAUAAUGAAAAUAUGGAUGAAUCAUAUUUCCCUGAAGAAGAUGGUUAUAAUUAUGAUGAGGGUUAUUACUGAUUAGUUGGUUGAUGCUGUUUCUAUUGCAAUCCAUAUUCAACAUGGCUGCCGGCAGGGGAACUGGAGAUUGUUGAAGUCUUUGGAUGUUUAGUUGUCAUCUAUUUUGAGAUGGCAUGAAUAGGUGGGUUUUUCCACGCCAUUUUUAAUCAUAGGUAACAUACAUGAACCUAUAACAGGAAAUUGUUAGGUAUUAUUUAGGAUUCAUCUUGGUAGCUGUUAUCUGGUAGGGGUACUCCAUUUGACAUAAAAUGUUUAAGAUAUUGCGUUACAUACCAAAAAAUAUUCAUCGAAAUACAAAAAUGGUACAUUUAAUCA